AUGUCCAGUCCAGAAACAAGUCUGGUUUCUGAAUUCCAGGCACUCCCAGCCACAUGUGGAAAAGAUAACACUGAAACAGAAGGAUGGGUUGUCUCUUCUGAAUCCUGUAGCUUUUUGUCAAUCGGUGCAGAGUACUAUCGUGAGGUCCUUCCUGGAGAGAUUGUGAAAAUAUCCAGAUAUGAUGUGCAGACGCUGGAUGUUGUACGAAGACCUGAAGGAGAUCCAUCAGCAUUCUGCAUCUUUGAAUAUGUUUAUUUUGCAAGACCAGACAGUAUUUUUGAAGGUCAGAUGGUGUAUUCAGUCCGGAAAAGAUGUGGGCAGCAGCUUGCUAUUGAAGCACCUGUGGAAGCAGACCUGGUCAGCACUGUCCCAGAGUCUGCAACCCCAGCAGCUCUUGGUUAUGCUCAAAAGUGUGGACUACCAUAUGUUGAAGUACUCUGUAAAAAUCGGUAUGUAGGGAGAACCUUUAUCCAGCCAAAUAUGAGAUUACGGCAGCUUGGUGUGGCAAAGAAGUUUGGUGUUCUGUCUGAUAACUUCAAAGGCAAACGAGUUGUUAUCAUUGAUGAUUCAAUUGUGAGGGGCAAUACCAUUUCACCCAUAAUAAAACUACUGAGAGAAUCAGGAGCCAAAGAGGUGCACAUCCGUGUGGCUUCACCUCCCAUAAGAUUUCCUUGUUACAUGGGAAUAAACAUUCCAACUAAAGAAGAGCUCAUUGCCAACAGACCUGAAUUUCAUGAUCUUGCAAACUAUAUAGGAGCAGACAGUGUUGUCUAUCUUUCUGUGGAAGGGCUGGUAUCGUCUGUGCAAGAAAGCAUCAAAGCAAGAAAAGAGAACAACCCUAAAACCCAGAAGUCAUUUAUUGGAAAGAUUGGUCAUUGCACAGCAUGUCUCACUGGAGAGUACCCUGUAGAGCUAGAAUGGUGAAUUUUUAGUGGAUGGACAUCAGUUAAUCUGUUGUUGAAUGUACCUUUUUCAAUGAUGCCUUCUUGCUAAAUAGCCUUCUUGCAUUUACAUAAUACAGAUACCUUAUUACAGCUAACUAAUUCCUGUUACUAAAACACAUCUUUAGGUAAAGACUUGCAGAAGGUCUGAUAUGCUGAUGAAAACAAUGUAAGCAGAUUAAAAUACAAAAUCGUGUAGUUUUGAUGCACAGUUGUGCCUUCUAUUGUCUCAUAAAAU